AUGCCGAGACAUGGAGGGAAGAAACAUGGCUCACUCAAGAAAGCCGUGAACAAAGACAAACACAAUAAGAACUUGGAUCCUGCUCUACAAAACUUCUCCUGCUUGGAUGGAAUAGUUGUGGAUUUCCAGAAACUCUUCAAUUACCAACCACCACUUUUGCCAAUCUAUGAUGUACGUCUUAUCGAUCGCUUUAAUCCAACUGUAGCCAAGUAUGAAUACGUUAUGAUCAAAAUAGAAGAAGAAUUUCAUUCAAUGGAUUAUUCUGUGACAAAAUUUUCAAGAAUCAGCAAGAAAUUGGUGAAAAUCUUCAAUCAAAUGAAAAAUGUUUGGGAAAUCUCUCCAGACUUUGUUCAAAAACAAAUAUUAAAAGCAUAUGAUCAACUUCCACAAAUCACUUUGGAGUCAGCACUAUCCUUGAAUGAUCCAUGUAUGCUCGACUUCAUGACACUAACGAUUGCAAUGAAAUACAUAAUUAUACUCAGAAAAUAUGAAAGGUAG